AUGGAGCCGUGCAAGGGUUGUAAAUGGACCGGCCGCAACCAGGGUGAGCAGUGCUAUGCCUGGAAGUGCAACGGCCAGUGGGUCUGUAACUUCUGCCUCCGUCCACUUGAGGUCACUACCACCAUCACCGCCGCUCCUACCCCUACGGCUUCCAUCUGUUCUCCCUCCUCUAACAAUCCCGAACCGUUCUCGGACAUGAUGGAGUGGGAUGGCUACCACUGGGCUGCUGAGAAUGUCGAGAUCAGCCGCAAGAACUCCGAGGACUUGGCCACCGACUCGUCCGGCCAGUCCUACGACGGCCAGGGCUCUCAGUACAACAACACCUCCGAGGGCAAAACUUAA